AUGAGUGACUGGGCUAGAGGAUGGACGAGAGUUGGGCAAACAAGCUCGACCCAGCACUAUGGUCGCAUGUGGGAGGCCGAGCGCGAACUCCAGGAACUGAGCAUAAUCGAUAGUUGGAACGAGGAUGACAGCUGGCCUGGCAUAAAUAAGCCGCUGUUCGACGGUCCUGAUGCGAAACGCUUCGAUACGAAACUUGCUAAACUCGAAGACCUCGGAUACGGCGCAUUCGGUCGCGUCGAAAAGGUUUCAUAUGGAUCUGUCUGUCUUGCGCGCAAGAGGAUUUCACGUCGUCGCGGUUUUACAAUUGAUGAUUUGCGCAAGGAGAGCUUGACUAUGCAGAAGCUUGAACAUCGACAUGUUGUUAAACUGGUUGCGACAUAUGCACCCCGAACUCACGAACUGUGUCUGCUUAUCUGGCCUGCAGCCAUCUGCAACUUGAGUACGCUUCUCGAAGACCUAGAAUGCCUGCGCCUGGGCGAAGGGGACCGUGAGGAUAUCAUUGAGAGGCUUGACGCUCUGGACAUCAAGGAUUUGAGCGCCAUAGAGCCCUCUUCCGAAGAUCAGAUUCUACAUUCCGUGACCAAAUGCCCAUUAGAGUUCUUACGGAACGCAAUUGGCUGUAUCGCUCGUGCGAUGGCUUACUGCCACCAAAACGAUGUGAGGCACCUCGACAUUAAACCAUCCAACAUCCUGCUGAAGGCAGACCGUGUAUACCUCGCCGAUUUUGGUGUCUCGAGAGACGUUAGCGGACAGGACCAAACAAUGACAGAGGGUGUGCCAGGAACCGAGAGAUGGCGUGCACCCGAACUCUACGCCGAUAAUGGAUCCAGCAUGCAGUUGUCAGAUAUUUACUCGCUAGGUCUUGUCUUUCUCAACAUCGCAACAGUCCUUUACGAUAUCCGCUUAGCCGAAUUUGACGAGGUUUUAAAAUAUCCGCCGCGAAACACCCAAGAGGAACAACUUUAUGAGCGAGAAAAGAAGCUGAAUGCCCACCUCGAAAAGCUCACCUCUCAUGCUUUGGUCACGCCCCCUUUUAUGUUUACCUGCGAAGGCCAAGAGACGGUCCGGCCCAGGCCGCUUGUUAAUCUGAUUGCUAGAAUGAUCACACCAAACCCAAAGAACCGCCUACAUGCAUAUAAGAUCGAUGACAAAUUAUCCAUGCUCGGAGGCAUUCAUCAAAUAUACCAUGGCGAAUGCUGCAAAAGACCGAUCUCUUGGGUCGAGGACAAAUGGGACAAGAAAAUUACGGCACUAACAAGUCUUCGCAAGGAGAAUGAUCGUUUGAAACAAAAGAUCAACGAACUGGAAGGGCGGGAUAGGACAUAUGAACUUCGACUCGAACACGAGCGCAAAGGCCAUGAGCAGGCCGUUUCCGCUCUCCAGAAGAAGUUGAAGGAUAUGGAAGAAAGGUGCCGUACACUGGAAGGAGGGAAUUCCCAUCGAAAGAGUAGUAUUGGUCGGAUUCCAGGAAGAAUGGCAACACCACGAACUUACCGAACGAGCACAACCUCAUUAGAUUCCGGUCCUGGGCUUGAAUCUUCACCUAAAUCAAAGUCCACUCCCACGACUCCAGCACCGAGACCAUCUUUUCAGCCUUGGUCACGUUCCUCCCAACGCCUUCCGCUCGAACAGAAAGCGUCACCGCUUCAGCGACAGGCUGUCUCCCCGCGGCCCCCCAAUGACACAACCCCCAGAGGGUCGACGGAAUUUCCAAGCUCGCGAUCGCCAAGUUUCACAAACAUCGCAGGCUAUACUUUGCGAUCUCGUGGGUCCGGGUCUAGACUUCCCCUACCAGUGACACCUUCUCGUAGUGAGACGCCAAACCUCAACCGCGAUCAGAGCUUGACAGAUAGCAGCAUGUCAUCAUCAGUGUUCUCUCGACAUAGCAUUGAGACAACUCCAACACCUUUACAGAGUAGUCCAGCCUUGGACCGCAACCCCCUAGUCUUGGAUUCUGAAAAGAUGCCCAGUUGGGGCCAACUUCCUAAGCAAUCUCCCCAACUUGAUGGCAUAGCGAUCGCCCCUGAACCGAGUAGCCCAGCCUUCCCAGUGUCAUUGUCCGCCAUGUCCUCACCGAGGACACUUCGAUCAGAACUUGCUAGCAAUGACGGAGAUCAGACACGUCGCCCGUCUGUGCCUUCACUCCAAUCAUUACGAAGCUGGGCUGAAGUAGCGAACGAAGGAAAAAAUACGUUGAAGAUGAUUACUCGACCACGAGCCCAUUCAAACAGGUCUAACGGGCCUGUUCAGGGAGGGCCUGUUUGA